AUGCCAUCCACAGUCAACAGCUCUCCAGACUCGACCCGAGCCCGCCGGGAGAGCGGCCCACGACCUCAAGCUCGCUCAGCAGGAGGGGCUGAGAGAGCCCCGCGCAACGAAAGCCUUUCAGAUCUAGUGCGCUUCUUUCAAACACAGAACAUGCCGGCCCAGGCCAUACCACCAACCGACUCUCCAGAUUCGCCAACUGCGCUACCUGUCGUGCUAUCCCCAGAGCCUAAGGAGCCGGUGAUUGAAUUGACCAAAGAGGAGCUCAAACCAUUUCGCCGGCGUCUGCUACAUUUUUCUCGCCAGAAAAAAGAAUCAACACCAAAGUCCAAAGCCGAUGAGAAUCAACGGCAACUCGAGGCACUGCAACGAGAGGGUUAUCUCAUGUCCUCCAAACCAAAAAGUACUCUUGAUCGGCCCAAAAACAGCUUAGAUCGAUCGAAGACUAGCCUGAUCAGUCUGGACCGACCAAAGAGCAGUUUGGAGCGGACUUUCUCUCGAUCAAAAAAGCAGGACGUUGAAGCUAUUGGCCGGCCAUGGCUGACCAGGACCGAUAGCAAUACCGAAUCAAUCGAUCCAAAACGUCGCUUGGCCUCUUUGGACUUGGAUGACUUUGGCUCCAUGCUCGAUGGCACUAUUUCCUUAUCGGAAUUUGAGGAUACAUCACCGCCACCCUAUCAACAAGCACAUGCGCACAGUGAUCAGGUCUCUGAUGAUCAGAUCUCUGGUUCUCAACAAAUAUCGCCGCUUCCGCUACCAAGAGCCUCCUCAGAAGCUCGUUCAAGAAGCAUUGAUCAACCAGUUUCAUCAUCAGCUUCCAUGUCUGAGAUCCGAGUGAGUGAAUCUAGAGAUCGCGAUCCACCUUGGCCACCGAGCUCAAUCAAUAUGAGCUCAGGUGCGGAUCGAAACCCUCCGCCAGCAUCGCAGUCAAUCAGCAACCAAACUGCGAAGGUUCAAGUGGACCCAGAUCAGUUGAAGAGUGAACCAAAGCAAGACAAAGUAGAGCAACCCCAAGCACCAGACCACCUGCCUCCUAACCCACCCGGAAUCCCCUCGCCGCCCUCGUUGAAGCUUUUCCCCGAUGUCGCUCCUCCACGUCUCUCCAGUAUAAAUGCAUUGAGACUGUCGUCGGCUCCUCGAUACCAGACCACUACAAAGACGGCUCCGCCGCCUCCUGGUACCCAAUCUAAGGCCGCUGGGACAGAAGCGGAAAAGCCGCGGCAAUCAACAGAAAGCUAUCGAUCAAAAACGGCAGCGGUCCCAGAAGAGCCAGUCUGUUCAGGCGCUCUUCCUUCUGUGGUCUCCAAAAACCCUCCUGCUGCUACUCCUAAGCCUCGAGCUGUCUCUGCGCACAUUCAGACGGGACAGAGAAAGUCGCGUCCGUCUUCACUGGCCAUGGGAACCCUUCAGGCAUUCCCUCUUCCCGCACCGACGCGGCCUCUGCCAUCAAUUCCCAAGUCCAAUACACUUGCUCCUCCUGUGGACCCAAGAACUCCCAUGCGGACUGUUCGAUCGGGAUCCAAGCUUUCCGAGAUGCAAUACUCACAGCCAUCUCCCAUUGCCGAGGAGCCCCGCGAGCUGGGAACUCGGGCAGCCUCUACUCUUGGUCACAGCGAGAUACGGGAUGAUGUCAAAGCACCUGAAACAACUUCCGAGCAUCCGGAACAUUACACCCCAAGACGGCGCUCCUCAAGUGUCCAUGUCUACGUGCCACGUAUGCAUGAACUUGCCGAGAGCUCUUCAGAUGGCAGUGACGGGCAACCUUCCAAUGAUCAGCCUUUGGCCGAUUCUCCUGUCCUGGGACAAUCAUUACCUAAGAAACCUCAAGGAAAGCACGCUGCACCUAAGGGUCUUCAGAUCAAUUCUUGUGUCGAUCAAAGUGAUCUUCCUUUCGGCCUUCCCUCGCCUCCCCCCUCUGCAGCUCUCCCAUUGGAUCCGCCUGAACAGCGGUCUGAACGGACAGCUCACCGCAACUACACUGCGCCCGUUGAUCCUGGUCUCUUGACCUCAAGAAGCAUGGAAAUGGCCAUGAGUGUACCUCGCAGUCAACAGGGAUCGCUUCUCUCACGCAGCAAUAGCUCUCGAAGCAGCCUCCGCCACGAGAGCAUCCCUGAAUCACACGAACAUGCCCGCCAAGCCGAAUCCCCACUGCCGUCUUCCGAUGACGAAGGCUUCGGUCCUCGUGCCGGCAAGCAACCGUCAUAUCGCGUCGCCGAGAAGCACCAACCGCGUGCUCACUCGAUGAGACGUGGCUAUGAGACCCUCGACGCUCGAUCUACCCACAGCCGGCCACGUUACCCACACCAAAUGAGACCCUUGACACCACAGGGCCAUAGCCAUAGUUAUGACCCUUCCUUGUCACCCCAAUCACAGUAUUCACAGGCCACCUCUCGCUCGCGCCACUCACAAUCACAAAGCAUUCACCGCGCCCCGGCCCCGCCCCACGAUCCUUACCUGGAGGACCGGAUCGCCAAUCUCGAGCGCCAAAACCAGGUCCUUCAGGCAGCUCUCAUGGCAGCCCUCAAUGCCGGAGUGAAGCCGAACAUGGACUUGCAUGAGUCUGCCAUUCCUCCUAGUUUCCCCGCUGCAGGCCAUGGGGACUCUUACCAAGGAAGACGGUUCACAUCUCGUCCUGAUAGCUGGAUGAGUUCUUCUAGAAGCAGUGACAUCAGCGGGUUUGAGACCCCUGGGUCUGUCCGUGAUGCCCGGGUUAAUGCCCGUCAGCUGGAUAAUAUGCUUGAGGACAUUGAGUCUGGCUGGAUAUCUGACAAGUCCAGUCUCAGUGGAGCUCGCUCCAUGGUUCGACACCGAUGA